GUUAGAGGAUGUAAACAGAAGGACGUUCCGCCUCCGGAGAUAGCAGUGGAAAACAUGACCAAGCUGGAGCUGUUGAACGUGUUUCUGAACGACAGGCUGACGGCGGCCGCAGAAGAGAUUUUUCGCGCCGUUAAAAACACGGUGCUGGAGUAUCAGAGCGAACUCCUGCGCUCCAAAGAGGAGAACGAGCGGCUCAAACGGCUCCUCAAUGUAGCCGUCCAGCGGCUGCUGCUGCACCCAGACCCUCACAAUGUCCAGCCCCAAGAAGACGGUCAGCCAUGUGAGUCUGAGUGGACAAGCAGCGUGGAGCUCCAAAUUAAAGAGGAACCAAAACUUGGAAACGGUCAACCUGAUUGUUCGCAAGAAGCAAGAGACUCUGAGGAAGGAAACUGUAGUCAUAUCGAACCACUACAAAGGUCACAUCCUCCACCAGCCCUGACUGUGUGUAGCAGACAAAGUGUCUCCCCACCUCCGCUAACGUCCCAGGAGAUUAAGGUAGAGAGUGACAGAGAGGACAGCAGGAAACAGCAGCCAGCCAACAUCUUACCAUCCUGCGUGGCUGUUCAUUCAAACUGCAGAGCGGCUCAGAGCGAUUCUGGUGCCAGCACCGCAAAGAGUCACAGGAAUCACAAAACAGACCCGCAGGUGAAAGGGUUACUCCGCUCAAAUGGGAAACAGAGCGCGCACAUACUGCAGAAGAAUGCGAGAGCCCUGAAGCUGCCUCCGCCUCGCUCCUCUCACCCAAACCAGAGCAUUCAGAGGUGGCACAGCUGUAAAGAGUGCGGGAAGGGCUUCAGCUUUGCCUGCCAGCUGGAGGUCCACAUGCGCUGGCACACCAAGGAGAAGCCGUACAGCUGUGCAGUGUGCCGAAAGAGCUUCACCACGGUCAGCAUGCUGAAGAGACACCACCGCAUCCACACAGGGGAAAAGCCCUUCCGCUGCCAUGUCUGUGGGAAGUGCUUCAACCAGUCAGCGCACCUCAACACCCACUUCAGGCUCCACACCAGAGAGAGGGCCAGCUGGAGCAGAGCGCCACACUCCAAGUGAACAAAGACUCACAACAGGGAACUAACCUGACUAUCUGUAACUUUGAAAUACUUUAACUUGCCAAAUUACAGGUUCAAAGUGUACAAUAAUGAUGUUUGACUGUGUGUGUCUUGUCUGUUGUGCAAUAAAGUAUGUCACAUGAAGA